GGGGGGCGUGGUCUCGGCCGCGUCGCCGCGCCGCGUGCGGAACCUGCGGCGGCCGUUGGCCGUUGGCGCGGCUUGGGCGGUUGUCUUGGAGAAGCAAGAUGGCGGCGACGGCGGCCGCGGUGGUGCCGGAGGAGGACACGGAGCUGCGGGACCUGCUGGUGCAGACGCUGGAGAACAGCGGGGUUCUGAACCGCAUCAAGGCCGAGCUCCGAGCAGCUGUGUUUUUAGCACUAGAAGAGCAAGAGAAAGUAGAGAACAAAACUCCUCUAGUCAAUGAGAGCCUGAGAAAGUUUUUAAAUACGAAAGAUGGCCGGCUGGCGGCUAGUCUGGUUGCGGAGUUUCUCCAGUUUUUCAAUCUUGACUUCACCUUGGCCGUUUUUCAACCCGAAACCAGCACAUUUCAGAGUCUUGAAGGCCGAGAGAACUUAGCCCGAGAUCUAGGUAUUAUCGAGGCAGAAGGUACUGUGGGCGGACCAUUGUUACUGGAGGUGAUCAGACGUUGUCAGCAGAAGGAGAGAGGGCCACCCAAUGGGGAGGGUGCACUAGAACUGUCUGAUGUUCAUUCUCCACCAAAGUCACCAGAAGGCAAAACCAGCGCUCACAGCAAUCCCAGUAAGAUACCAAGGUAUAAAGGACAAGGUAAGAAGAAGACAAGCGGGCAGAAGUCUGGUGCCAAGAAGGCCGGCAGUGAUACCAGUCAGAGUGACACGAGCGUCUCCUCAUCAGAACCAAAGAGCAGAAGCGGCCUCCACUUGCUGGCCCAUGAAACCAAAAUUGGAUCUUUCUUAAGUAACAAAAGUCUAGAUGUCAAAGACAAAGCUGGUCUUUGUCCGGACGAAGGCGAUACGGAAGGAGAUUCUUUCUUCGACGAUCCCGUUCCUAAACCGGAAAAAACUUACGGUUGGAGAAGUGAACCUGGUAAGCCAGCAGGAAGCCUCGCCUCGCUCUCCGACGCGCCCCCCUUGAAGAGUGGACCCAGCUCGCUCACCGCAGCGGCCUCGUUGAAGGACUCUGAAGGUAAACGAGGAAGCACGGUUUUAAAAGAUCUGAAAUUGGUCAGUGAUAAAAUUGGAUCACUUGGAUUAGGGACCGGAGAGGACGACGACUACGCUGACGACUUCAACAGCACCAGCCACCGCUCAGAGAAGAGUGAGCUCAGUGUCGGGGAAGAGAUUGAGGAGGACCUCUCCGUGGGGAUCGAGGACCUCAACACCAGCGACAAACUUGAUGACCUGACACAGGACCUGACCGUGUCCCAGCUCAGUGACGUUGCCGAUUAUCUGGAAGAUGUUGCAUAGACGAGAAAGAAAGAAGUGUUCUCAUCAACAAAGGACAAAGGACUCUGAUCACUUCCAUUUUUUUCCCUCCAGACAAUCACUCUUUGCUGGAAUGUCUGCUCCCUGUUGGUGCCUUGUGUUUCAAAAAGACUGCAGAUAUUUUUAAAAAUUAAGUUUUCAUUAUACUCAACGAAAGCUUCUUACUUGAGGCCAUUUGUGGAAGAUACACUGUUCUUAAUUUGGUUUGGCUACACAUUUGUCUGUGGAAGUUGAUUACCGACAACUCAGCUUCAUUUCGAGGAGCGAACCCGGGAAACCAUGAGUAUUCUAGCUCCCUGAAAGGUCUCAAUAAAGCUGCAGGCUCCCACAGCUCUGCGUGUGUGUGUGGCUUCAGCAGCCAGGACAAAGCAUACGUGACCGUCGGUGUGGUGUCCCUGGUCGCAGAGCGGCCUGAAGCUUAUUACCGGAAGUGAGAGUUGACACGUCUGCUUUAUUUGGAUUUCCUUCCGUCUGGAAGGGUUGUUAGACCGAUAAGGUUAUAUUAAAUACUCCUGUGUGCGCUAGUGUUGCUUGUUUUGAAGAAAUCUAGGGUCGUUACGACUUUUAAUCCACGAGUUGUCGCCAGCAGCAUCCGUGGUCGCCUCCCCUGUCUGCAGAAGAAGCUGUUGGUCCCCAAACUGUCGUCUUUAUCGUUGUAAUUCACUGGGUGUAAAGAUGCCUGGAAACCAAUUCCAGAACGCAUCUGGAAGCACCGAGAGGGCUUCUCUUUCCGUCUGUGAGUCGGUCGUGUUAAAAUCCGAAUUGGACCUUAACAGUAGUAAUGGCCUAAGACCAUGUCCCGUGGGCCACGCUUUGGGCACCGUCCGUGGCUUCCUCACAGCCCCGUAGGACGAGUCGCCGCUGGCCCGUGGGCAGCCUCAUUCCCGCUUGCUGCUGCCCGUGGGGUCGCUGGCCCUCGCCCCUGGGAGUGAUGCAGACGUGAAGCUGUGAUUGUGCGCCACGUUUGUAUUUUUUAUUUGAAUUAAAUUAUGUUUGUUUUUAUUAAAAGUCACCUUUAUUAAUAAAGAGUAAACUAGACCUA